AUGUCUUCUCCAUUUCCCUUUAGCAACACCUCAAACUUUGUUGAUCUUUUACAAAGUCAACAAGAGAGUGUGUCACCUUAUCCAAAUCCAUACCCUUCCUUCGAAAACCAUGCCUUCGGUACCCAAGCUUCCACCAAAGAAGUAGAAGAGGUUGGAGUGACUAGCAAGGUGAUUAGACGACCGUGGAGUCCUGCGGAAGAUACCCUCCUCAUCAGCUCGUGGUUGAACACCUCCAAGGACCCGGUUGUAGGAAAUGAACAGAAAAGUGGCACUUUUUGGAGUCGCAUUGCUUUGUACUUUGCGGCGAAUCAUAAGGGAGGAGAAAUCCGAGAGUCUGGGCAUUGCAAACAAAGAUGGCACAAGAUUAAUGAUCUUGUGAGCAAAUUCUGUGGGGCUUAUGAGGCUGCAACAAGAGAAAGAACAAGCGUUCAAAACGAGAAUGACAUUCUCAAAAAUGCUCAUGCUAUUUUCUUCAAUCUCCAUAAGAAGAAAUUCACUCUCGAAUACGCUUGGAAGGAACUGAAGAACGACCAAAAAUGGUGUGAUUUGUCAACCAGUAAAACCGAUGGCAGGCCUCCUGGUGUUAAAGCCGCAAAGGCUAAAGGCAAGAAGAUGGACGUGGUGGAGGCUGUUAACGUCUUUGGCAAUAUGUGGAAUAUGAAAAAAGAAGAGAUGACUAUGAAAAAAGAAACCCAAAAGAUGGCUCUUCUUGAUUCCCUUAUUGCGAAGGGACACCUCUCUAAAACCGAAGAAGCUCUGAAGGGGAAGCUCAUCUCCGAGUUGUUGCAUAAUGAGUGA